AUGCAUCAGAUGAACCACUCUCCAUAUACCCAGGCACAUGGUUGGUAUGCACUUGCGAGAUUAACUCAGCAGCAAGCCAUGAUUUUGUGUUCCCCUGAACACAGCUGGAAAUUCAUCGUCUCAAUCUCGAUAAGCCACUCCGUCGGGAACAUUGAGGGCAAGCUCCAGACCAACCACGGCUUCUGCAGCCACGAUUAUGACAACCAUAGGGAGCCUGUUUCUCUUUUCCCAGCAACGCAAGCCGUCUCGCAAGUUGUCGCAAUACGCAUAUUGUCAUCCGACAGCAAUACUGUACUUGGUGUUGCACGCGAUACGCCAAUCCUUGAAAUUUUGGCAGAUUCAUUGCUAUGCAGUGCUGAAAUGAGUGUCAAGCACACCAGCUGGAGUACACUCAGGGCCGCCUCGCAAUGUCGCCUCGGAACCACGAACAACGCAAGCGUCAUUGUUUUCCUCUUGACGGGGACAUGGCAUGCUACAUCCGAUCCCUUCAAUGGCGAGAAUCACUCUCAAGAGUUUUGA